AUGACAGAUUGCUUAUACGCUUACUCGGACAUCGUUUGUGAAUUGGCUUUGCCUUCUGCCAUAUCUAUCACUACUCUAAUGUUUUUGUGGAUUUGCAAUUAUGAACUUAUGAGAGAUUUUGUGAAAGCGUUUUUUGUGGGUCUUUGGAAGUCAAAUGAUGAAGAUGGAAAACAUAAAUUCAAGGAGAAUCUCAUGAGAUCCUUAAAAAUAAUCUCCAUGAAAACAGCUAUGAGAAAUUGA